AUGCCAGACUACGUAUAUGCCUCACAUGAUUUCUUCCCAGAGAACGAGGAUGAACUUUCCUUUCGAGCUGGAGACCGGAUAGAGGUCGUCGAGAAGGACGACAUGUACGGUGAUGGCUGGUGGCAGGGACGAAAUCUCAAAGGAAAGGUCGGCCUCUUCCCAAAAAGCUAUACCGCUCCAGCCAGCCCACCUACCGAGGUCCCAGCGCCUCAACCCACCCCAUUCGAUAGUGCUGAGACUUCAUCCUCCCCCACCGGAGAGCCGGAAAUCACCACCAUCCCCUCUCCACAACCCAAAAAACUCACGGCAACGUUCCUAAGUGGCCAUCACGAUGACGAAGGCGAUAUGGAAGUCCCAGAUAGUGGAUAUCUGCGGGGCAACGGAGACGAACUUAGAAUGACAGAUGUGCAGAGAGCUAUUAAGCAGCUUGCAAGGGGGGGCGCGGAUGGGGACGGAGGUUUCACUUUUGCAAGCUCACAUGGCGGGGACACGGAGACGGACGAGACGGACUUGAGAUGA